ACGUUGAUGGAGACGACGCCCGGAACGGAGGGGGCGUGAUCUUGUUUGGUCCCGGUUUGGACGCCUGCAUCAUUCACCCCGCCUCCACGCCGGGACCCAACCGCGCCCCGGACUCUGCCCCUCGACAACGCCGCCGGCACCGUCCUCGACCGCAAGUACGCCUGGGCCAGCGACGACUACGAUCACCGACAUAUCAACAUCUGUUAAUCUGCCCAGCACGCAUUCCGCAACCAUCCGCAAUGAAGUAUAUGGAGAUUCCCGAGCUGGCGCGACUCGCGCAGGCACUUACCCACGAAGGUCCCGAGUGCUCAGUACACACCCGCCUCGAAGCCUAUAGCCUCAAACCGGUCAGCAAGGACAAGAAGCUCUUCAAGUCGCUCGAGGCUGGCUACCAGUCCGAUGCAUCCCACAGUCCGCCACUCCCCUCCUUCAUGUCGCAGAACGGCGAGCAGCUCGACAUGACGCCAUUCGGGCACAUGAACGACCAGCAUGCCCGAAAGACCCUCUACCUGCUCAUCAACACCCUCAACCAUGCGUUUCCGGACCAUGACUUCUCUGACGUCCGGCCGGCCCACUUCAACCGAGAGGAGAGCGGCGCCAGCGUGCUCAACGCCCUGAGCACAACACUCCUCAGUCCGAACCGCGCAGGCAUCAUCGCACCACGCUCUUACUCCGCAUAUCCUUCUGCAUCGCCAGACUUCUUCCCGUCAUCCGUCCCGACGUCGUCGUCGCCGCACGACUUCAUGAAGCCGAGCCCGCUCGCGCCGCCCCAGGUCGUCUCCGGCACGCACCCGACUGUCUUCCGCGUGCUGAACGAGGCGAUCGGCCUCGGCGACUGCGAGGUGUACUCGUACGUGCCGCCGAUCCAGUUCGACCCGCACGCGAACGACUUUAGCGACGACGAGGACGACGCGGCGUCUGUCGGCGACGAGAGCCCGGAUACGGACGAGGAAGAGACGACGUUCCAGUUCGACGACUAUGAUGUGGACGAGGCGCCGACGAGGAGCGCAUACCGGAUAUCCAUCACCGACGCCGCGGACGAGUACACCUCACACCACAUACGGAUGCGCCGCCGCGGCGCGCUGCUGUGGAGCUCGCACUGGUUCUUCUUGAACAGGAAGCUGAAACGAAUAUUGUUCAUCACUGUGUGGUCGCGCUCGAAAGGCUUGUCGGCGUGGAUGCACGAGGAUGAGCUGCCGGAGAAGGUUUCUAGUGAGCGGUUCCUCGGGUGGGAAGGGGCAGUCGGCGCGGGCGCCAGGGCGAUGGGCCUCGCUGUCACGGCUUGAGACCUUUGUACCAUAUGUGAGUCUUCCAGCUGGCUCUGGAGAACACGUGAGGAUUGAUGCCGGCGUAGUUUGGAGUAGAUUGUACAUACCAGCUUCGAUCUCUUUUCCCUUGUCUCAAUCUCUGACAUCUUGGACUCUCGCCUCCUCGUUUUGCUCAAUGAUUCUGGGUUUAUCUUUCUCUAUCUCCAUGCAUCUCAAUCUCGUCCCUUUUUCAACCAAAGGCUCUCCCACCCGAUAUCAUAGCACCAUAUUAUUCCACGCUACUCACGCUCACAAGUAUGUCCCUGAACGUAUAUAUAUAUAACCUAUGUAUGAAUCCUUCAUUCAACGUCAGUGGAGGAGCGUCGGGACAAGAGGUAGCGCACCAUCUAAGUACAUCCUAGGACACAUCUGUGGGAAGGACGCCUCUUU